GGAUGCAAAUAUAUAGAUAUAUAGGUACUAUAUAUCUUGGGCGGACAGCUCAUUACGCAUGUAACUGCGUUGCUGUAUAAAUUGUGCAGACACAAUUGUAUCUUUUGUCUGCGCAAAUUAGCAUUUGAGAACAUUUGGAAUUCUGCUUAGGCAUGCAACACCGCCAGGCAUUAGCUAAGGAUGCUUGAUGCUGACUGGCUAUUUUCUCCAUUUUCUUUAUUUUCUUUAUUUUUUUUGCAUGCAUACAUACAUACUGAAGUAGUAUGGUAGAAGCACUUUUGUUUUCAUUAACUGAUAGCUCAUACCCCGCCGCCUUGGCCGCAUAAAUAUUUAACGAGAGCCGACACAGUCAUAUAGAAUCGUUCUUUUGUUUAGCAUUUUGGCGGGGUGCUCUCACACGUGAGCCGAACGUAUUGAUCUCGUUCUGGGGGUAUCUGUAGUAUCUUGCAGAUACAUCUCGUAUGCGAAAUACCCGUUUGUGCGUGCUCUCCUCGCGAUCUUUUCGCUGCCCCGAGCUCGAAUGAUCUCUCUAAUAAAACCCCGCACUUCAGUUGGCAUUCAGUUUCGCCAAAGUCGCUUGCAAGCGCACCUCGUUCCGGCGCCCCCAGAUCGCAGAUCUAACAUCCCAACCAAGAACAAAAAAAAAACCAUAAAAACCUACCUUAAAUAUCCUACCCAAAAUUCCACAUCCUUUGAUCCUGUGCGACAAUAUGGAGCCAGCACUGCCCAUAAAGCGAGCCAACAAGGCGCCCUGUAAAAACGAUCGAAAAGCCUAUUUGCAAAAAGUGAUGCUGACCAGAAUGGGCUCAUUCAACUCGGCUCCAAAGAUCAACAAUGUGGACUCGCAGGACGAUGGCCUGGAAUUGCCGGCUGGUCUGAGUACUUCGGCUCUCCUUCAGCACGUACAGCAAUUGCGAGGAGGUGGUAUCGAGCAGCCCACACUGCUUACCCGAGGCUUUCUGAAACCACUCCUGGUGGACGAUGAUGUUGCUGAUGGACUCCGUUGUCUUCAGCUGAACUCCGUAUCGAGAGUUUGCAGUGCUCCAGUUGAGGGGGACGUCUCGCAGAACAUUCGACUUCUGCAAUGGAACAUCCUAUCGCAAACUCUCGGCCAGCACAACGAUGGAUUUGUGCGUUGUCCCGAGGAGGCCCUCACCUGGGAGCACCGCAAGUACCUGAUUGUCCAGGAGAUCCUGCAGAACCAGCCCGAUGUGAUUUGUCUUCAAGAAGUAGACCACUUCAAGUUCCUGCAGACGGUUCUGGGUAGCCAGAAUUAUGCUGGAAUAUUUUUCCCGAAGCCAGACUCUCCGUGUCUGUAUAUCGAACAGAAUAAUGGACCGGAUGGCUGUGCCAUUUUCUACAAGAGGGAUAAACUGCAACUACAGGGAUACGAUACUAGGAUCCUGGAAGUGUGGCGGGUACAGAGCAACCAGGUGGCCAUUGCCGCACGGCUACGAAUGCGAGCCAACGGCAGAGAAUUCUGCGUAGCCACCACCCACCUAAAGGCCCGACACGGUGCCCUUUUGGCCAAAUUGCGAAACGAACAGGGCCGAGAUCUUAUCCGAUUUGUUAAGCAGUUUGCCGGCGAAACGCCCCUGCUGCUUUGCGGCGAUUUUAAUGCUGAACCCGUGGAGCCCAUUUACGCCACGAUUCUGGGAUGCGAUCUUCUCCGUUUGGGCAGUGCCUAUGCCGAUGUGAAGCUAGACCGCGAGGUAAUUCUAAAUCCUAGCGAGGAUGUGAACGAGUUCGUCUCGGAGUCAAUGAAACGGGAACCUCCGUAUACAACCUGGAAGAUACGUGAGGAGGGCGAAGAGUGCCACACUAUCGACUAUGUCUUCUACACACCCGAUCGUCUGAAGAUCAAAAACUGUUUAGGUUUUCCGGGUGGCGAGCAAAUCGGCAAAAAUCGCACACCCAGCUACCAAUAUCCAUCAGAUCACUUUUCCCUGGUGUGCGACUUUGAACUGCUUCCUUCGAUCGAAAACGGAAAGGAAAGCGGCAGCGAUAAUGAUAAUGGAACGUAAAUGGAUGGCAACAAGCAUGGAUCCAUUCAGUAGAGGACUCCAGUUUAAGAAUUCACCAGAGAAGAAGUUUCAAUUACAUUACAUCGAUUGUGAUAUUAGUUGUUAGAUACAUAUUAGCCUCAUCCACAACCGUUGCACUACAUUUUGCAGCUUUUACAAAUAAUAAUCCAAAAUUCACAAUAAAUAAAUAACAUAAUAUGGAAAAAA